CUCACGCCCCCCAGGCCACCGCGCAAGAGCGAGGAGUAAAGGUCGGGCGGCCGUAACCGCGGAUUCCGACGCUUCCUCCAGACGCGACUUGAGCAGUCCGUGCAGCAAGGAAGCCUGGAGCUCCAGCAGUGAGGGAGCUGCUGCCAGAGAUCUACAGCCUUAUCUUCAAGCUAAAUAGAAAGCUCCAAUGAGGCGUGAAGAAUGAAGUUCUACAUACAGUAACUGUAACUGUUCAAUAAACCUUUACCAAAGAGGAAAAAGAAUGCAAUGAAGACACUGCUGACUUCAAUAAUAGUGUGUGAUUACACAGAAUAAAGUCUGUUUGAAAAGGAAUUUAUGGAUGUCCAAGAAUGACUGCAAUGGAGCAGGCUGAGGCCCAGCUCUCUGAGUUGGAUCUGCUGUCCAGUAUGUUCCCCGGUGAAAAUGAGCUCAUAAUGAAUGACCAGCUAGCUUUGGCAGAACUGAAAGACUGUAUUGAAAAGAGGACAAUGGAGGGGCGAUCUUCGAAAGUUUACUUUACCAUCAAUAUGAACCUGGAGAUGUCUGAAGAAGCAAUGGGAAUGUUUUCUCUGGCAUGUAUUCUUCCCUUUAAAUACCCUGCAGUUCUGCCUGAAAUUACAGUCAGGUCAGUAUUAUUAAGUAGAUCCCAGCAGACUCAGUUGAACACAGAUCUGGCUGCAUACCUGCACAAGUAUUGUCUCGGAGAUGUCUGUAUCUUAAACGCCACAGAGUGGGUUAGAGAACAUGCCUCUGGCUAUGUCAGCAGAGAGGCUCUGUCUCCCUCUACCACAGGAAGCACAAUCCAGACCAUCGAUCUCAUUCUCACAAGACUCUGGAUCUACAGCCAUCACAUCUACAACAAAUGCAAAAGAAAGAAUAUUCUAGAGUGGGCAAAGGAGCUUUCCCUGUCUGGGUUUAGCAUGCCUGGGAAACCUGGUGUUGUUUGUGUGGAAGGCCCACAAAGUGCUUGUGAAGAAUUCUGGUCAAGACUCAGAAAAUUAAACUGGAAGAGAAUCUUAAUUCGCCAUCGAGAAGACAUUCCUUUUGAUGGUACGAAUGAUGAAAUGGAAAGACAAAGGAAAUUUUCCAUUUUUGAGGAAAAAGCGUUCAGUGUUAGUGGAGCCAGAGGAAACCAUAUGGACUUCGGUCAGCUGUAUCAGUUCUUAAAUGCCAAAGGUUGUGGAGAUGUUUUCCAGAUGUUCUUUGGUGUGGAAGGACAAUAACUGAGAAAAAUGGUAGUUGAGAAUAGUUUGUCACUGUUUGCCUUUUGAUUUUUCCCCCCAGUGUAUAUUGAUAAAUUAAAUAAUUUAAUUUUAGUCCCAUUCUAAAAUGCUGGGGGAAGAAGACAAAAAAAUCAGUAUAGCUGAAAUGUAUUUGUUAAAAAUGCCUUGAUUAGGAGUGGGUGAUUAUCCUAGUAGCUGAGGUACCCAUGUCUCACAUUGAAGCGCCUGGCUCAGAGUCCAGCUCUGGCUCCUGACUCCAGCUUCCCACCAAUGCAGACUCCAGAAUGUAAUGGUGAUGGCUCAAGAAACUGGGUUCCUGCCACGCACAAAGGAGACCUGGAUUCUGUUCCCAUCCCCUUGCUCUAGCCCCAGCCCAGCCACUGCAGACAUCUGGGGCAUGAAUCAGAAUAUGGGAACUCUUUCAAAUAAAUUUUUGAAAAUGU